UGUGGCCGCUCCCGCCCUGCGCUGCCUGGCCCGUCCGUGGAACCGAACGCGUGGCUGCUUGGGCUGCUGUGGAACUAAAAGCUCCGUGCCCGUUUCCCUAAGCUUUAAAAUCUGAGAAACCGAGCGCGAAAGGGAGCUGUCGUCGUAGGAGAACGGAGUGAGUCAGCUGUUUUUUAGGCUUAAAACACAUCAUGGUCAAAGGUGAUAGAUGCUGUGCUGGAAGCUGAAGGCAAGGAGAGCAGAAAUCCUGCAGUGAAGAAAGAGAUCCCAGUCAGAAGAGUGCAAGCUUUGCAGAGUGACUGAGCCCAAAGCCUAAAUGGCAUCUGAGAAAGAGAAUGUAAGCAAUGGGGCUGAAGGCCGAGAGCAGGAAUCGCAGCAUGAUGCAGGGGAUGCUGAAAGACAUCAGGGUGCAGAAUGCCCCUCCGAUACUCCAAAAAGGGCUGUGGUUGGUGAAGCUGCCUGGCCACUGAGCAGCAAGGAGAAUGUUUCAGGCAGACCCGUGCCUCUGGGAGAUGAGUGCUACUCAACACCUGCAAGAGUCAAAGCAGAAGAAAAAUCCUACUGUGGAUUAUCAGAGAAACAGAGGAGGAAAAGUGUUGAUUUUGCAACUGUAACAAGUGCUGAUUUUGGGAUUACUCCAGAAAGCUUUGUUAAUGGAUCUACAGCUAAGUCUCCAGCUGCACUAAAGCUGAGACGAAGAUCAGCCAUUGGAGCCCGGGGGUCUCCAGAAAACAAUACACUCAUUCAAUAUCUUGCCCAGCAGAAAAGCAACAGGCAAAAAGAAGAUUUUACACAGCAGGCUAAUCCUUGUCAGUUUGCCAGGUCACUGAGGAGCAAAAUGGAUAUCUUUCAAAGAACUUUUAGGUCAGUUCAAGAAGCUGAAGGGAAGAGGAGUUUCUCUGGACUCUCACAAGUAUCUGCUGCUUUUCAGGAAGAUGGCUGUUUAGCUCAGAACAAAGCACCUGUCACAAAAGAACACAGUCUGGGUCAGAAGAGCGAAGCUUUCAUGUCUGACUGCAACGGAGCUGAUUUAAAAGAAAAUUUAAAAGAAAAUUUAACCAAUAGCAGUAAGUCUGGUAGGAGGAUAUGCACCAUCUUGUCUUUACAGCAAGAUGUCACUGAACCAGCUGCUGUUUCAAAGGAACGGACUUACAAGCAAGGCAAUCCUAUCGAGUAUUCGGAGGCUGUUCUAAUUAGAGAUAUCUUAGAAACAAGCCAUGAUUUCAGUCCUGACCGUAUCAGUAAAGAAGUCAGAAGUAAUGUCAUAGCAGAUCAAAGCAGGACAAAGGUUAAUUUUGCAGAAGAUCUAAUUGUGGGGGUGUAUGAUGGAAGCAAGCCGCCUGUCACACCGCUGCAAACGAGGAAUGCUUCGUUAAGGGAAUCCACACCGAGCGGCUCCCAGCUGCGAUCUGUGCUGAAGAAAACACCAGUGGAGCAACUGAUGGACUGCAUGAAGGAAUAUUCAAACAAUACUGUUCACAGAGGAGGAGGUGAAUCUUUUACAGUCUCUGAUCACAUCUGUGAAGCACUGCAAACAGUAGAGAAAACUGAACAGUACAGCUCCAAAAGGGCAAAGAAGAAAAAAGUGACUUUUGGAGAAGAUCUCAGCCCAGAAAUAUUUGAUAAAACUUUGCCUGCAAAUACUCCAUUGCGCAAAGGAUCAACACCAGUCUGCCGCUCGGGGUCAGAACGUGGCAGCCCUUUCACAAGGGCAGGGCUCACUGAAGAACCAUUAACUCAGCCUAACUUUGAUUGCAGUGAUGAAUGUAUUGAGCCUCCUCAGGAACAACAGGAGGGCUCUGUUGCUUCAGAAAAGCUCUUACCUGUUGAAAAUACACAAGAAGCAGAAACUGACAAAUCAGACGUGAAAACGACUCGCUCCUCUACUAAAAGGAAGUACAGCGCCAUUUCCGAGGGGACUGACUGUAGCAUCUCAAGAACAACCAGCACUAAGAAUGCUAAAGACAUUAAAAAUCCAAGGAAGAAUGAACUUCAAAGACCAAAGAGUAUGACUGUAUCUGCUGCCAAAAAGAAGCAAAAAACAAAACGUGCAACCUUUGGCAAAAGAAGAAAGAGAAAAGUGAAUAAAUCCUUAUAUGGGGAAAGAGAAAUGGCUUCAAAGAAACCUCUUCUGAGUCCUAUCCUUGAGAUUCCAGAAGUUUUCUCUUCUUCCUCAUCUCCAAAUUCACCAAAGACAAUUGCACAUUUUCCAGAUCAUUCCACACUCAGGGAUGUUCAUAACGAUGUUCAACAGGAGCAAGUGACUGAAAGAAUGAGAGAGAAAAUCAUCCCUGUUGUUGAUGUGUAUCCAAGCUCUGAGGAACUGGAUAUUGUGGAAGAAGGCAGCCCCAGAAAUACAGUAUUUCAGGUGAUCUGAUCCUGUUUCUGAUCUACUU